CUCUAACCUCAUGGAACUCUUCCUUUCAUCUAUGUGAAUGGAGCGGUGUUUCAUGUGGGAAGAGGCACAGACGAGUGACUGUUAUACAACUGGAGUCGCAAGGCCUGGAAGGUUCUUUGUCUCCUCACUUAGGGAACCUCAGCUUCCUUCGUGAUUUAUCACUUUGGAACAACAGCUUGGAAGGAACCGUCCCUCACGAGCUCGGUCAUCUAUCCAGGCUACGUUACCUCAAUCUUGGUAAUAAUAGGCUAGUUGGAAGCAUACCCAUGGAUUUAAGUUUCCUCUCCAAAUUACUUUUGUUAGUAGUUGAAGAAAAUAACUUUACAGGUGGAAUCCCACGUUUCUUGGGGAACAUGACAUCACUGGAUGAAUUCUCUGCUGCCGGAAAUCCGUUGGGUGGGAUAAUUCCAGACACCUUAGGCCAUUUGAAAAACUUAAGAGUAUUUCACUGUGGUGGUUGUAACUUAUAUGGAACCAUUCCAGAAUCCAUUUUUAACCUCUCCCUCCUGGUUAAUUUUACUUUGCCCGAUAAUCAGCUUACAGGUAGUCUCCCCCAAGCCAUAGGUGCAACGUUACCUCAUCUAUUCAGACUUCAACUCCGAGAUAACCAGCUAAGUGGGCAUAUCCCUCCGUGGAUAUCUAAUUGUUCAAAAUUAGUACUUCUUGAAAUGGGUACCAACAAUUUUUGGGGGGAGCUAAUGAUCGACUUUACAAAACUAGUAGAUAUUAGUUUCAUAGCCUUAUUCAGUAACAACAUCUAUGGACGUGGAAAAGAUUAUGAGAUGAAUUUUAUCGAUUCCCUGACAAACUGCAGCAGAUUACAAGUGUUGGAUCUUGGUGAGUGCAAGUUUCAAGGAGUCGUCCCCAAUUCAAUCGGUAAUCUUUCUCAAGAACUUCGGUAUCUGUUUUUAGCAGAAAACCAACUGUAUGGAAACCUCCCUUCUACUAUAGGCACUCUAGUUGGGCUGGAGUUUUUACAAGUAGGUAAAAACCAAUUCACAGAAAAAAUCCCCUCUACCAUUGGUAUGCUUCAAAAGCUACAAAUUGUGAGUCUAUUUCAAAACCAAUUUUCAGGGCAGAUUCCAGACACCAUAGGGAACUUAUCAUUGCUGAAUGAACUUUAUUUAGAUUCCAACAGAUUGGAAGGGAAUAUUCCAUCAAGCUUGGGGAAUUGUCGUAAUCUAUUGAAGUUGUACCUUUAUCGUAACAAACUUAGCGGCACCAUACCUAAACAGCUACUUCAACUUUCAUCUCUAUCGAUGGAAUUAGUUCUUUCUCAUAACAACCUAAGUGGUUCACUUCCAACUGAGGUCGGAGACCUCACAAUGUUGUCUACCUUGGAUUUAUCCUAUAAUAAUUUGUCUGGAAACAUUCCGAGUAGCCUUGGUGGUUGUGCUAGCCUUUCAACUUUAUCUCUUAAAGGAAACUUGUUUCAAGGCAUUAUACCAACUUCAUUAAGUUCCUUGAGAGGAUUGGAGGUACUCGAUCUAUCUCAAAAUAACCUAUCAGGUCCCAUUCCCCUCUUCCUGGAACAACUUGCUUUACAGUUAAUGAACCUAUCCUAUAAUGAUUUUGAGGGUAAGGUACCAGUCCUAGGAGUGUUCUCCAAUGCAAGUUCAUUCUCGUGUUCAGGGAAUAACAAGCUUUGCGGUGGCUUGGUUGAACUUGGGUUACCAAAGUGCAAGGAGGCAGAGAAACACAAGAGAAGGUUCCCAUUGUUCUUAAUAUUUAUACUGAUUUUGUCUCCAAUCUUCGUCAUAUUGUGUUUAAUGUAUGUCUGGUUUAAAAAGAGAAGCAAGGGCCAACUUUGUCACCCAUCAAUGAACGAAAAUCGAAUUUUGAGACUUUCAUACAGUGAACUUUUCAAGGCAACCGAUGGUUUUUCUAAAACGAAUUUGAUUGGAACGGGUGGGUUCAGUUCUGUCUACAAAGGAACCCUGGAUCAAUAUGACAAACCUGUUGCAAUCAAAGUUCUGCAUCUCCAAAACCGAGGAGCUCAUAGAAGCUUUAUAGCGGAGUGUGAAGCAUGGCAGAAUAUUCGACACCGAAAUAUAUUGAAGAUCAUAACUUCAUGUUCAGGUAUUGAUUUCAAGGGAAAUGAUUUCAAGGCUUUGGUAUAUGAGUUCAUGUGCAAUGGGAGUUUACAUGACUGGUUGCAUUCAAGUGCAAGUAUAUCCAAGCUGAACAUUCUUACAAGAAUAAAUAUCCUCGUUGAUGUCGCAAACGCACUUGAUUAUCUUCACAAUUACUCCUUAACCACCAUUGUCCAUGGUGACUUAAAGCCUAGCAACGUUCUACUUGACGAUGAUAUGGUGGCCCAUGUUGGAGACUUUGGCUUAACUCGGUUUCUUGGAACAGAAUCAUACCCAAACAGCUCAGUCGGGAUUAGAGGAACGAUUGGUUAUGCUCCUCCAGAGUAUGGUCUCGGGAAUGAGAUGACAAAUAGUGGGGAUGUCUACAGUUACGGAAUAUUAUUAUUGGAGGUAAUGACGGGGAAAAGUCCGAUAGAUGACAUGUUUAACGAAGACUUUAACCUUCAUAAAUUUGCUUACAUGGCCUUGCCGGACCAUGUAAAUGAUAUUAUUGAUGAGGAGCUUCUAAAGUUUCAUCAAGAGGAUGCAAUUCCUAUGAAAAGUAUGCCAGCAAAUGCAAUGAAAAUAGAGGAAUGUCUGGCUUCAACAGUCAAGAUUGGUGUAUCAUGCUCUGUCGAUUCCCCAUGCCAGAGGAUGGACAUAAAAAAUGUCAUCAUCGAGUUGCAACAUAUUUUGUGCACGCUUCAACAUAUUUGAUUGAGUUGAAAGACUCCGCAACAAGAAGAUGGUGCAUCAGGUACUAUAGUGUUUGGCAAUACGAAGUGAUGUUACAAUCAAGAUUUUAAUGUUGUUUUUUCCUUCACAAUUUGGUGUAAUUACUGAAGUUUGAUAUUAUAACCCAUUUUACUGGGGUUCAAUCAUACUAGAAGAAAACAUCGUGUUCGCCAUGUUUGAAUCAUUCUGCCUUACAUUAAACAGAGCUUAAUGGAACUUGUUCACAAUA